AUGGCAUCCGACGAGAUUAUCUGGCAAAUUAUCAACCAGCAGUUCUGCAGCUUCAAACUCUCCACAACCAAGAAGCAGACGUUUUGCAGAAACGAAAACAAUGUCACGGGUCUCUGCAAUCGACAGUCGUGCCCGCUGGCAAACUCCCGCUAUGCCACCGUUCGACGAGCCCCGAACAAGGACACGCUGUACCUCUACAUGAAGACGGUUGAGCGCGCACACAUGCCCUCGAAGCUAUGGGAGCGCAUCAAGCUGCCGAACAACUAUGCCAAGGCUCUGGAGAUGUUGGACGAGAAGCUCAUCUACUGGCCCAAGUUCCUCAUCCACAAGUGCAAGCAGCGUCUCACCCGUCUGACGCAAGUCAACAUUCGCAUGCGAAAGAUCGCCGCCGAGGAGGAGCGCAUGGGCGAAAAGCUGGUACCGAAGAUGGCGCCUAAGAUCCGGCGCCGUGAGGAGGCCAGAGAGCGUAAGGCAGAGGCUGCAGCGAAGUUGGAGCGCACCAUUGAGCGUGAGCUUGUUGAGAGAUUACGUUCCGGCGCCUACGGCGACCAACCCCUCAACGUCAGCGAGUCGAUCUGGAGAAAGGUUCUCAACUCCAUGGAGAAGGAGGGCGAGGGCAAGCGCGACAAGGACAUGGACACGGGCAUCGAUUCGGAAGAGGAGGGCGAGGAGGAGGAAGAAGACGAGGACGACCUGGAGAAGGAGGUCGAGUACGUGUCCGACAUCGAGGAGAGCGACGAGGAGCUCGAAGACAUUGAAGACUGGCUCGAGAGCGACGAUGACGAGGCCGAGGACGAUGACGAGGAGGAAGAUUCCGAGGACAGCGAUGAGGAGGCUGCCCGCAAGGCUGGCGACAAGCGGAAGCGCGGCCGCGCGGUCAAGAUGAACCAGAAGAGGCUCAAGCAGAAGCAGACCGAGGAGCGGCCCAAGAUCGCGGAGGAGUUGACCUGGUAA